AAGUUUCGAGCGAGCGAGCGGAGCAGUGUUGUCUCACUGCUCCGCCCACUACGUAAACAGCGUAUGAGGCUUGAGGAAACAGAGAUUCCUCUGUGACGUAGUGAAGCAGCUGGGUCGCUUGGAGUUCAGAGCGGCUCCCGUCCUCCUUUCUUCUGCGUGCCUGACUGCUGUAAUGCGCAUGCGCACAGGUCAGAUCAGCUAUGAUUGGAGAUGAUGUCUGAUAGAAGAGACACUAAGGGGAAGAGCUUUCACCACUCUGAGCUGUUCGCCAGCAUCCCUCCAACAUGUCUGCCCAUCGUCUACCAUCCAAACUACAACAUCACCUUCAUGGGCCUGGAGAAGCUCCACCCAUUCGACUCUGGGAAGUGGGGAAAAGUCAUCCACUUCCUGAAAGAGGAGCAGUUUGUCAGCGAUGAGAACUUGGUGGAAGCUCGUGAGGCAUCAGACGAGGAUCUGCUGGUGGUUCACACUAAACGGUACCUCAACAGAUUAAAGUGGUCUGUUGUGGUGGCAUCCAUCACUGAAAUCCCCCCCCUGAUGCUUCUGCCCAAUUCCCUGGUCAAGAGGAGGGUGCUGAGACCUUUACGGACCCAAACAGGAGGAACCAUAAUGGCUGGGAAGCUGGCUAUAGAGCGAGGAUGGGCCAUAAAUGUAGGGGGGGGCUUCCACCACUGCUCCAGUGACAAAGGAGGGGGCUUCUGUGCGUAUGCUGACAUCACGUUGGCCAUCAGGUUUCUUUUUGAUAGAGUGGAGGGCGUCUCCACAGCAACCAUCAUUGACCUUGAUGCUCAUCAGGGAAACGGACAUGAGCGAGAUUUUCUGGACGACCGGCGAGUUUUCAUCAUGGACGUGUAUAAUCACAACAUCUAUCCUGGGGACGGAUUCGCCAAACGGGCCAUAAAGAGGAAGGUGGAGCUGGAAUGGGGCACCGAGGACUCGGAGUACCUUCAGAAGGUUGAGCUCCACUGUGAGGGAGCGCUGAACGAGCUGCGUCCUGACGUCAUCGUUUAUAACGCAGGGACGGACAUCUUGGAUGGGGAUCCCCUGGGAGGCCUCUCCAUAUCGCCUCAGGGCAUCAUUAGGAGGGAUGAGCUGGUGUUCAGGGCCGCCAGGCGGCGUGGGAUCCCCAUCCUCAUGGUGACUUCAGGAGGAUACCAGAAGAAAACGGCUCGGAUCAUCGCUGACUCCAUCCUGAACUUACAUCUACAGGGCCUGAUCGGAGCAGACGGUUCAGGAUCAGGACCGUCUGCUGAGUGAGGCUGGCUGCCUCUCAGACGCUAACCGUAGUCUGGACUCUCAACAAAUGAGUUUUCCACUAAAAAAGGACUGAAUGUUGGAAAAGUGAAGUAAAACAGGAAGAUUAAUGAGUUUCCAUGAUUAUUCUUCUUUGCUGCUGGAGAACAUCGAUUCUCCCAAUAAAGGAUGUUUCUAUUUCCUUCUGUUUCCCUUAAAAACAUGGUGCCAAAACAUUCAAAGGGAUGUAAGAAAACAUAAAGAUUAGACAUAAAAAAAAAAAAGAAAACAUUUAAAUGGAUGUAGUGG